GUUAUGAUGCACAGCGCCACCACAUGUGUAGCAUAAGCUGAGGUCGAGAAGUUGGUGAAGUUGGUAGGCUUAGGUUGAUUAUGGCGAUGCAGCAAGCUGGAAUAAAUGUUGUCUCUGAUGAAUCAGGCACGUACAUUGCAGCGACUCAGCGACCCGAUGGAUCAUGGCGCAAAACUCGUAAAGUAAAGCCAGGCUAUGUACCACAAGACGAAGUACCUGCAUAUGAAAGUGUGGGAACACAGUUUGUGAAAAGUAAGCCAAAGCUUCCUCCUGGUGUAUAUGAAGAGCCUAAAGAGGUGAAAAAAGAACCUUUAUCAAAAGCAGCAAAAAAGAAUGAAAAGAGGAAACAAAAAAGAAAGGAAAAGAAAGAAAAUUGUGUAGAAGAUGUUACAUCAACUCUUGAAAAAACAAGUUUAGAGGAUGAGCCAGUAAACAAAGAGAAACGGUUGAAAAAUGUAAAGAAAAAACUGAGGCAAAUUGAUGAAUUAAAGGAGAAAUUGGCAUCAGGGGAAAUCAAAGAACUGUCGGAAGAUCAACAGAAGAAAGUCGCUCGACAAAAAGAACUCAAGGAUGAACUUAAAACUCUUGAAGCUCUAUUAUGCUGAUUAAAACUAAUAUUAUUCCUCUAAACAAAAUAACUGCUGGUUCAGUAACUAAUUUUUAUUCAAUUCUAACUUAAGCCAUGAAGUUAAUAUUUUCUUCAAAGCAUUUUAAUCUCUUCCAGAUUUAUCAAUAGGUAAGUCCUGAACAAAUUCUUGAAUUGAACUAAAAAUUGUCUGACAUUUUGGCUUAAAAAGUUGACUUUUGCAAACAUUGCAACAAGAAAGAUGUGAGUUUUUUGCACUUUUUAUAUAUUCCACACAGAAAUAAGUCCCAGUCACUAUACUUAUAUCAAAAUUGUGUUUGUGUACACAAAUUAAUUAAUCUUGUCGUGGCACCAGAGGAACUACAGUAGGCCCCAAAUAUUUUGUGAGUGUAGUCCAGGUUCCCUAAAAUCUGACACAAGAACAUAUGAAUAGUAACAUAGGAGGUAUUAUGGAGGUAUACAAUAUAUUUGUCUUCGAUAUAAUUAAGAAAAAAAAAUAAUAAUAUUCGGGCCAUCAGCUUGUCUAUAGUCCCAUUGGUACUGUAUAUUAUAAAAUAUAUAGUAAUUACAUUCAUUCAUAAACAAUUCUAAUUGACAUCCCCAUUCCCUCAUAGUAACCAGCCUGAAUUGACUUCCCCAAGCCCUCCUUUCACUAAAUUGGAUGAUCUUGCAUUGACCCCAAUUAAUACCCUUUGACCACAUUAUCCAGUCAUUGUCCUCUUUUGGAUAGCCUAUAUAGUAUGAUCCUAGUUGCUGGGAGUCCAACAAGGUUCCCAAUCAUUUAGCCAAUCAUUUUGUUGGGGAACCCUUUAUUGAAAAGCAUUUUUAGUCAUUUACAGUCUGAGUGAGAGUGCCAUUACCUGGCAUGCAUGGUGGAGCUGAGGUGAGUGUGAACGUCUCAUCCAGGAUCUUCCUACGGAAUCUUGGAACCCUUGUUGGGGAACCUCUGGUGCCACCACUACCCAAAUCCUGCGUUAAAUCGAUCUUGGAAGUCUAGCCAUACAUACUGUAUAAAAUGUAUUUUAAAGAAAUGAUAUGCUGCAUCAUCAUUUUAAGGUUCAUAUUACAGGCAAAUUUCAGACCUCAAUUUUAAGUAUUGUAAAGGGGAUAAAAUGACUGGGCUCUAUUAGUAUUUUUGUAGAUAAAUUGAGGUGAAUACAUUCUGCUCUCUUCCUAGGUUGGUAUUUAAUUUUAGUAAUAAGUUGCUAAAAGCUUGGUGGGUGUAAUUAAAUUAUGUUCCGAUAUACGUGUAUUCAUUUUAAUACAUCACAAUUGUUUAUUUCAUGCAAAAUUGCAUGUUAAUGAUUUGAGCCAUAAUUUAUUAGUAUCGCAAAUGAAUUUUAACCAUGUGAAAACAUACAAAUAUGGUUUAAAAUGUGGUCAGUGGUGAUUCUAUACGACCAGGGUAUUAAGGCAUCUGAAGGAGAUCUUAAAAUUUCCAACAAAAACCAGUGCAGUGUAGGGUAAAACGCCAUGCCACUGAGUAACAUUAGGCCUUAUGAAAUGUAUUUCAAUCAAUUAUGCAAGAUGCCAUGUUAAUAAAUGGUUAUUUUAUU